AUGGCGGUCUCAGCCGGGUCUGUCAUUAGUCUAUCUCUACUACACCCAUCACCAUCUCCAUCCCCGGCCGUGGCCACUCCAAGACGAAGUCAUAGUUGCAGAAAACAGCUCUACUUGCGAGCUUUGGCCACUGGUUCAGAAGCUAAUGGCGAAGAAGGGAAAAUGAAGAUAAAGAAAGAGAAAGAGGGUUGGAAGAUUGAUUUCUCAGGAGAAAAGCCACCGACGCCAUUGCUGGAUUCAAUCAACUAUCCACUUCAUAUGAAGAAUCUUUCUGUUCAGGAUCUUGAACAACUAGCAGCAGAGGUUAGAGCAGACAUAGUACACAGUGUAUCAAAGACAGGAGGGCAUCUGAGUGCUAGCUUAGGAGUUGUGGAGUUAACUGUGGCUCUGCACCAUGUUUUCGACACCCCUCAAGACAAAGUCAUAUGGGAUGUUGGUCAUCAG